AUGGCUGACAAGGGUAAAGCAGUCCCGCCUGGUGGAGUUCCACUCAAAACCAUAAAGGAGCAGGCUAUUGCCCGUUAUCGAGCCCUCCGUUGGGAGAUCUGGUUGGAUUUUGCGGGCUCCACCACUCUGCACGGUCCCAUUCAUCUUACGGCUACAAAGGGCAGGACGCGAAUUUACUAUGCAGUAGUCGUGUUUCUGAUGGUUUUCAUGUUCUUCUUGCACACGGCCUACUUAAUUCGACACUAUUUCAGUUACCCCAUCUUGACAGAAAUAAAGUACAACAACAUCGAUUAUGUUUACCCCGAUCUGACCAUCUGCCCAAAUAGUCCUAUAAACAUUGCGGACUUGGAGGGUUCGGAGACCGGAAGGAAGUUGAAAACAGCCUAUCAGGAAGCAAAGGAAUUUUGGUUGAAGCAAGAAGACUUUUUUAAUGCCUCACCUAAUGCACAAGUUAAGCGCACCCUCACCCGAAAGUUUUUUGAAAACUCAAAGAGCCUCGAGCACUCUUUGUACUAUCGUUGCUUCACCCUUCGUGUCCGUCCAAAACCGCCAGUCCCGGCUGGUCCCACUCAUGGCAUUAGACUUAUAUUGCACCGGGGGAGUAAGUCGACGCCCGUACUUCUGCUCAAUGAGGAGGAACCCUUUCUUCUUCAGUCUACAAGUGAUGCCAAUGCCUGGAAGGCUAAGGAGGGUUUCUUCAUCGCGUUUCAUGAAGCGGACACCUUCCCAUCUUUUCCACUUCAGCAACUUCCCAACGGUCUUUCAGUGCGUUUUGGAACGACGACAACCGUAGCGCUUACUUCAACCGAAAUUUUGUCCGUGAAUCUCGCGGGAAGGAGCUGCGUGGAACAGUCUGAGGCUCCGGCAAUUCAGCUGGUCCGCCACGAUUUCAUGUCCCGAAGCAAUGCUGAAAUGACACAUGGCGAUGACGACAAGGCGCAAUUCGCCUACACGGAAAGAGCUUGCGUGGCCGUUCUUCGACAAAAGCUAACCUAUGAAAAAUGCAAAUGCUUCUCGGAGGCUUAUUCUAUUCCCUACUCCAUGCGAAAUAUUGGGCAAACUUGGUGCCACGACAUCGAAACAAGCACUAGCAAACUUAUCCAGAUUAAGCAAACACUCAGUUGUAUGAAGGAAGUGGAAAGACUCACAGAUCGACAGAUUUAUCCCAACCUUCCCACCACGGCACUUGAUCUCUGUCCCGCCAAUUGCUCCCCAAUUAAGCGUAUGGAGUGCAAGGCCACUGAUAAGGUCGUGGAGAUGAUACAACCCAGCGAACCCGGAGACGGUGUGCCUGGCUGCCCCCUUCGCUGUGGACGUCGAAUACACAGCAUUCAUUCCCACUUUACGAGCCAGCUCGACCAAGAUAUCUCAGCGGAAAAUAUGAUAACCUACUUUGAACGAAUUCAGUUAGAGGGGCGGAAUGGAACGAGUGAUAGUUUUGUAAAACGCGAGGACAAACAAAUUAGUGCUAGCGACUUGAUUUACCUUGAUAUAAGUCCAGUUUCGGAGAGCAUAAGCCAGAUUAUCGAAGAUCAGGGCUACACUCUGGUCCAAUUCUUCAGUGAACUGGGCGGCGUUUCAGGCUUAUACGUGGGUAUUACAAUCUACACCUUUGCUGAGGUUGCUGACGUCAUUGUGCGAUACUUUUCCAUCUUUUUACCCUAUCUUCUGGCUAAAAUUCGUCCUGCUCGACGAGCGAAUUAA